AUGGGAAAACUCGCCAUGCUUCAUCUAAACGGCAGCACGCUCGAAGGCGGAGGCCAGCUCGUACGCAUCGCGGCCGCUUUAUCGGCCUUGACCGGGCAGCCACUGAGCAUCAGCCGCAUACGCGGGAACCGAAGUGGCUCCAAGGGGCUAAAGGGCUCACACUGCGCUGCUAUAGAAUUUUUACUUGAUGUCUGCGGAGGCACCGCAUUGGGAAACCAGGUUGGGCAUCACGAAAUCACCAUAUAUCCAAGGGGGCAGGAGGUUGGGAGCCGUCUGCAGAGCAAGGGGGAAGAAGGCAGAUAUGCAGAUUCAGACAUGGAGCAGACGGCUGCAUCAUUACGGCAACUAUCACUGGGUUCUAUGUACUCGUCACCGCGCGUCAAGGUUAAACCAGAAUAUGACAUACGUCUAUCAACUCCAGGCUCGGUCUCUCUGAUAUUCCAGGCUCUCUACCCAUUUCUGCUAUUCGCCGGUGCAUGCACACCGAUAAUAGAAGCCGGUGCUGGUAUUUCAGACACGGCACGGGAGCAUCCAAAAGAAAUACAGCUAAAUAUCACAGGCGGGACGCAUGUGUCAUUCUCCCCGUCGUACGAUUAUAUAUCUCAAGUGCUGGCUCCAAACUUUGCGAAGUUAGGCCUCCCCCCUUUAUCUAUGCAGCUGAAGAAACGCGGAUGGGCCAGCGGCCAAUGGGCGGAAUUGGGGACAGUGUCUUUCGUUAUUUCACCCCUGCCGGCAAAUGGGACACCUAGGUCGGACACCAUCUUGUCACCGUCGCACGACAGUGGCAGAGCUCAGGCCGAAACGCCCCCUGUAAUAUUUCCAAGCAUCGAUCUGGAAACGUUUGACAAAGGAUUUAUCACGCAGAUAGAUGUGACAAUCCUCGCUCCCGAUACCCUUGCACAGAAGCUUCUAAAGGAACUUUCUGCGAAAUCGGCCAAGGGCCGCAACAGGGACAAGAAACUGCGGAAAAAAGGAGUCCUUAGCCAUGACGCAUUCGGUGACCGAAAUCCGUAUGGAGAGCAGGUAAAUUCGGAGGAAGGGAACGAGCAUCUUGACAAUGCCGGGGACCAAGAAACGGAUAUGGGGGAUGCUUGUAACAUGGAGCAAGGACCACCACGAACUGCUCGAGAAUUCAUCAAGCUAGAAAUCAUGAGGACGUUAUCCAGAGAACUUAGUCGCCAGGUCACCGGGGAACAAGGUGUGGUACCAGCCACACAAAAGAUCGACGAUGCAGAGCUCGAUGAGGUGCAGUCACAUCAUAUUAAUAUUGGUGACGUGGUUAUUAAUCUGCAUACAUCAGAGGCAACGUCCCACUACUCACAGACCUACAUUCUUCUAGUCGCCCACACGUCGACCGGGUUCCGGCUUGGGAGAGACGCACUCUAUUCGUCAUUCCAUAAUGGACCAAGCAAGAGGGAUUAUAAACAAGGGAAGCCCAAGAAGGGGUCUACUGCCAGAUCCAGCGCAGGAAGCGGGAACAUUCUUCUGAGAAUGAAAGGCAUGAUUGAUCAAUGUGUGACAGACCUAAUGGAUGAAUUUGAAAGCCAUCCAGGAGAUCAGGGGCAGGACAGACAGAUAAUCAUACCGAAGAAGGCAGUUGAUGUAUAUAUGAGGGAUCAGCUCGUUGUAUUUGAAGCGCUUGGGAGAUUGACCCAUCCCCAUCCCCAUCUAUCGGCGGGCGGGGAGCCGCGGGAAGAGGAGGGAGUUAGCCUCCAUACGCGCACCGCAAAGUGGGUAUGCGAACAGAUACUUGGGUGUCCAUGA